AAGCUAGAGCGGAAGUGAUGCUUUCUUUCAGAAGCCGCUAGAGGAAGUUGCCAGGUCUUACAGCAACCUGAGCCCCUAUUUGCGUCGCAAGAAAAGCUAAAUGCAUAUUUCGUGCCAAUAGUUUCACCACAUCUAGAUCUAUGAUUGAAGCUUUCAAAAGUUGCUUUCAGCAUCGAUCCGCAUCCACCCAUUUUCUUGUGAAAAAUCCUUCAUCGAACUUUAUUUCAACAAUUUUUUCAUCUUCAAAAUGGCCAGCUCCGACGACCGUUCAGCGUGGAAGUGGGUGGCCUUGGUCGGCGCCGCCUUUGUCGCCGGCAUUGCGGUCAGCAAGUCGGAAAAAUUGGAGGAGCUUGGAAAAAAAUUGCUCCGAAAGGUGAAGAGGAAAUUAUACGGCUCAAUAAACAAGAAGCCGCUCGGAAGAAACGACUCCGACCAGUACGUGCCCACAGAAAUCCGGCGAACGUUAGAGUCCAGCGACCAGUUGCGCCGCGCCAGCCACAGUUUCUCCAGCGGGAUGAAUGCUGGGGAUCAUAACAGCACCUCCGGCGUGGAGCUGGUCCAGGACUGCAAGCCGCCUUUUCCCUACGAACUGGUUUUACUCCUGGAGUCGACCUGCUUGUGCUACUUGUCAACGCAACUUCCCGAGGAAAAGAAUGAAUUGAAGUACCCGCAUUUGAGCCUGAUGAAUUUUACCUACUACAACCCGGAGGAAGUGAUCAUCAUGACGACAAGGAGGGACACGCAAAAACUGGAAAACCUCCGGUUGAACCCCUCUGUCGCAAUCUUAGUGCACGACUUCCCCGCUGCGAGGGAGAUCGUCACGAACCGCACCAGAACGCAGAGCCGACAAAGGUCCGGGUCCGAUGGCAGUGCCGCGGAGGAAAAGGAGCAGUUUGCGCUGGCCAGUGGGCAGUCCUACGCCCGGACCAGCAGUAUAACGCUGUACGGCCGCAUGCGCAUCCUGGAUAGGAAACGGGACCCGGAAUUGGCAGAAGAGCAGGUGACUGAUUUAUGUUGGGUUUGAUUCAUUUCUCCUUCGCGAUACUAAGGUUAUCAGAUCUGCAUUCCUUUCUACUGUAUCAUGUGGUGUGUGAAAACUAAAAAAAAAAACAGGAGCGCUACCGCGUGAUUCACCGGGAGCGGAAUGAGAAGUAUAAAAACUUUAUCGACGGCGAAAACAUUGCGGUCCUGCUAUUUGACGUGGAAUUCGCCCGGAUUUGCAACAUCCACGACCAAGUCCACUCUUGGCGCAGGGACGCACCGAGCUCUGACGGUGGUGGGUCGCCGAGUAGCAGCUACAACCCAGCGGCAUGAGGAGGGCGGAAACGGAACCGGUCCAGGGCGUUCAUUGUCGUGUGGACCACGCAGUCGUUUGAUUGUUUUUGGGGUCGCAGCCUGUCCAAUCAGUCGUCUGUCUCCAUGUAGGAGAUCGUGCCGCGUACUGCAACUGCUCACUACAGCUGAAGAUACCGUUUGGUAGCUCUGUAGUUGUGCUGUUUUGCUGUCAUUUGAAAAGGAAUCAGAUACUGAUUUCCGCGAGGUACUUAGACUGCGCGAGUUGACUUGGAUUUUGCUCUUACAAGUUUGUUGUCGACUGUUUCCGUCGACAGUCGCAGUCGCGCCAUCGAAUCUGAAAUAGUACAUGGUUCGUCUUUGUUCCUCGAUGCCGCCCCACGCACCGUCGCGGAACAAUACCUGGGGUAAAAUCUCGAUAUAAG